AUGUCGCUCUCUCCAGUAGCCGCCCUCAACUCGGUCAUAGAUAGGCUGUCAGACCUGGCCGACACCCCCGCCAUCGACUACAAGGCCCUGGUCAUCCUCUCUACCUGGAUACAGACCGGCUUUGAAGUCUACAUCUUGCAAGGCCACCUUGAUGAUGAAACCUUCCGAAAGGCCCAAGUCUACAGCAAAGACAAGACCAGGUACCUCCUCGCCCAGGUGGUCUUCAACCAGCUCCUCGGGUGGGGUUUGAUCAAGACUGGGCUCUACGCCAAGCUGUGGGACGUCUCCGGAACUGUUGUCGACUCCUUUGGUCUCGGGACCAAUUGGGUCAUUGUCCGAUCUUUGGUCUGGGUCACCAUUCUGACCCUUACCACCGCCCUUCCCAGCAUCCCUUGGUCGUACUACUACACUUUCGUUAUCGAGUCCAAGCACGGUUUCAACAAAUCCACCAAGGGUCUCUGGAUCGCUGAUACUUUCAAGACGUACGCUUUGGUGGCUGCAUUGGGUCUCCCCGUCUUGUCUGGAUUCCUGCGAAUCAUCGAGUACACUGGAAAAACCUUUGUUCCUUGGCUCAUGCUUUUCUUGGUCGGUAUCCAGUUGACCCUCCAGAUUGUCUAUCCCCUCAUCAUUCAACCUUUAUUCAACAAGCUCGAGCCCCUCCCCGAGGGUGAACUCCGAACCCAAGUCGAAGCCCUCGCUGGCGAACUUGGCUUCCCUCUCACCCACCUCUACGUCAUCGACGGUUCCAAGCGUAGUUCCCACUCCAACGCCUACUUCUACGGCUUGCCUUGGUCCAAGCACAUUGUCAUCUAUGACACCUUGAUCAAGGAUAGCACCACUGAAGAGGUCGUUGCUGUGCUCGCGCAUGAGCUCGGUCACUGGAAGUUCACCCACCCCACAAAGCUUCUCCUCGCAACUCAGGUUCACCUCUUCCUCACCCUCACCAUCUUCUCCAUCUUCAUCAACAACCGUUCCCUCUACUCGGCUUUCGGCUUUAACCCCUCUCUCGCUGUCACUGCCCCCCAGCCGUUCUGUAUCGGGUUCAUCUUGUUCCAAUUGGUCCUGGAGCCAACCGACGCGUUUGUCAAGUUCUUAUUGAAUGCUCAGACUCGACGGUACGAGUACCAAGCUGAUGAAUUUGCCGUCGGCCUUGGCAAGAAGGCCGAACUCGCCGAAGCUCUCAUCAAGCUCCACGUCAAAAAUCUCUCGUCCCCCCAUAGCGACUGGCUGUACUCCAUGUACCACCACUCCCACCCCACUCUCCCCGAAAGAUUGGCGGCUAUGGACAAGUACGAGGAGGAGCGAGUGGCGAGGGUGGGCAAAGAAGGAAAGAAGGAUCUUUGA